AUGGGGGAGUCCCUGCCUUUGAGGUCUGCUGCCGCCCAGAGUUCCUGCCUCUACGGCCUGCUGCCGCCCGGAGUCCCUGCCCGCGCGGCCUGCUUCUGCCCAGAGUCCCUGCUGCCCAGAGUCAUUGCCUUUGCGGCCUGCUGCCCCCGCGGAGUCCCUGCCCCAGCGGCCUGCUGCCGCCCAGAGUCCCUGCCCCCGCGGAGUCCCUGCCACCGCGGCCUGCUGCCGCCCGGAGUCCCUGCCCCCACGGCCUGCUGCCGCCCGGAGUCCCUGCCCCCGCAGCCUGCUGCCGCCCGGAGUCCCUGCCCCCGCGGCCUGCUGCCGCCCAGAGUCCCUGCUGCCGCCCGGAGUCCCUGCUGCCGCCCAGAGUCCCUGCUGCCGCCCGGAGUCCCUGCUGCCGCCCAGAGUCCCUGCUGCCCAGAGUCAUUGCCCUGCUUCUGCCCAGAGUCCCUGCUGCCCAGAGUCAUUGCCUUUGCGGCCUGCUGCCCCCGCGGAGUCCCUGCCCCAGCGGCCUGCUGCCGCCCGUAG